AAAAUGAUAACCGCUGACCAUAUUCAGUGUUCGAUCAGUUCAUCUUCGGUUUUGCCUCAAAAUUUUGUGUCAUUUUUUUACACGAUCUUAGGCCUUACCCCGUAAAUAAUCAUUCUUGAGUAUGUGGGCAAGCAUCAAGGGGUUCUUGCAGCGUCAUCGACGUAAACUACUCAUUGGUGGAGUGGCGAUUGUUGGUGUUUAUGCUGCAGCAAGAUAUGCAAAAUGGCGCGUCACUGAAUGGAAACAACAACAAGAACGAGAAUAUCUUGAACGAGCUCGCAAACAACAUCAUUUUGAGAGCAAUCAGAGAACUUGUAGCAUCACUCUUUACUCUCUUAUCCCGUCUCUCAGGGAUUCGUUGCUCGAAAAACUUAAUAGCGAAGAAAUUACUUCAAAACUUCGCGAAAAACCUGACAACAAACUCGAACUUUGGGAAGAGUUAAAAGUGUCGAGCUUUGCUCGUACAAUUUCUGCAGUUUACUCGUCUUGUCUUCUGUUUGUUUUCUUACGCGUACAGCUAAAUAUCAUCGGUGGUUAUAUGUAUUUAGAUAGCUUGGUUUGCACUGAUGAGCAAGGUUCUAAUGGCAGAAAGAUGCGUGUUGCUGAAGAGAUUCAGAAGAAAUACUUAGCACUUGUAAAAUACUUGAUGAGUGAGGGACUGGAUGAUAUGAUAGUUGCUGUAAAGAAAGCAACAGAAGCCAUUCUUGAUGAAGUUUCCUUGAAGGAAAAUUUCACUCCAUCUGAGCUUCAACGUCUGAUCAAUCACAUCCGUCAGACAUUUGAAUUCUCGCAGCACACAUACCACUCUACUAAACUAAGAAAUGGAGAAAGAUCAUUUGCAAGUUCAAGACCCUUCUGUCACUUUAUGGUCCCAAGGGACUUUCAGGGCCUUUAUAAUAUGGAAGACGAGGAUGAUACAAAAUUUGUUAACCUUGUAGAAGAGACCCUUGAUGUUCUGGAGAGUGAAGAUUGUAAUGCUGUUCUGCAGUCAUGCUUAGAUGUUGCAUUCAACCAUGUUAUUAACAAUGUUGCAGCAUUUUUUGAACCAGAUAGCUAUAGUGCAGAACUUGGUGCUGUUAGUGGCUCCCCCCUAGAAGUAUCAGUCAGCCUCCCCCUGGCAAAGAUCAUCCCAAUAAUGAAUGGACAGAUACAUCACAUGUUUAGUGAUGCCGAUAGCAGCUAUAUACAGGAUUUAUUCAAGGUCAGGUGUUCUGGAGACUUUGCUGCUAAUAUUUAUGAAGCUUUUAGUACUGAAGUAGACUAAUUCAAGGCUCAUGCAACACACACCUAAAUGUAUACGUUUCUACAACAUUUUGUAUUAUAUAUAAGAGGAGACAUUAUAUUACUAAUAUAUCUCAAAAAUAUUAAUUAGUACUAAGCAUCUCAGCUUUUAUUAAAUGAGAGAAAAGUGUGUGACAUCAAAAGAUAACCAGUAACCCAUCCUACAUCUCCUUCAUUUCAAGAAUCACACAGCAAAAACAAUAAUAGAUAAAAGACUUGAGAUAUUAAAAAAAAACAUUACAAACCAAUGAUUUUCCUAGAUUAGUUGUAAGAUCUAUGAGCAUUUAACUAGCGUAAAAAUAUCUGAUUCAGCUCUUUGCAAAUAAUAUGUUUUGCAAAUGUAGCUGUUUAUAAUUAUGAUUGUUAUGUACUGUAAAUAGAUGUAGCUAGCUAGGUUUGCAAAGUGGCAGAGUUUUGUAAUUGUAAAGAAAUGUCAGUGAAACAUAAAGCUUUUCUACUUUAAACAAA